GCAAUGUCCCAGCUGUACUACAAGAAAACGGACAACUCCUCAUACAGCGACCGCAUCCCCCUCCACAUCGUGCGGGCAGAGUCUGAGCUCUCCGCCCUGGAGAGGGCCUACCUGGGGGCGGUGGAGAAAGGCGACUAUGCCAGCGUGAAGGAGGCCCUGGAGGAGGCCGAGAUCUACUUCCGCAUCAACAUCGACUGCGUGGACUCGCUGGGACGCACGGCCCUGCUCAUCGCCAUCGAAAACGAGAACCUGGAGAUUGUGGAGCUGCUGCUCAGCUACAACGUGCACGUGGGUGACGCCCUGCUGCAUGCUAUCCGCAAAGAGGUGGUGGGCGCGGUGGAGCUGCUGCUGAACCACAAGAAGCCCAGUGGUGAGAAACAGGUCCCACCAAUUCUGCUAAACAAACAGUUUUCAGACUUCACCCCAGACAUCACUCCCAUUAUCCUCGCAGCCCACACCAACAACUACGAGAUCAUCAAACUCCUUGUACAGAGAGGCGUUUCCAUACCUCAACCACAUGCUGUACUGUGCAACUGCCUGGAGUGUGUGUCCAGUUUGGACGUCGACGGCUUGCGCCACUCGCACUCCCGCCUCAACAUCUACAAGGCCCUGGCCAGUCCGUCUCUCAUCGCACUCUCCAGCGAGGACCCUUUCCUCACGGCAUUUCAGCUCAGCUGGGAGCUGAAGGAGCUCAGCAGGGUGGAGAACGAGUUCAAGUCAGAGUACGAGGAGCUCUCACAUAUGUGUAAACAAUUUGCCAAGGACCUUCUGGACCAGACCAGGAGCUCCAAAGAGCUGGAAAUCAUCCUCAACUAUCGUGACGACAUCAACCCCCUGCUAGAUGAGAACGUCAACGAUCUGGCCCGGGUGAAGUUAGCUAUCAAAUACUGCCAGAAAGAGUUUGUCGCCCAGCCCAACUGUCAGCAGCUGCUGGCGUCCCGGUGGUAUGACGAGUUCCCCGGCUGGAGGAGGCGUCACUGGGCAAUGAAGUUCAUCACGUGCAUCCUCAUCGGCCUUCUCUACCCAGUACUCUCCAUCUUCUACUUGGUCUCACCGAAGAGCCGCUACGGCCUAUUCAUCCGCAAGCCCUUCAUUAAGUUCAUAUGUCACACGGCUUCCUACUUGACUUUCCUGUUCCUGCUCCUCUUGGCAUCGCAGCACAUCGCUGCCCCGCAACGCGACUUUCAGGGCCCGGCGCCCACCUUGGUGGAAUGGAUGAUUCUUCCCUGGGUACUUGGAUUCAUAUGGACAGAGAUCAAGCAGAUGUGGGAUAGUGGCUUCCAAGACUACAUUGAUGACUGGUGGAACAUAAUGGACUUCAUCAUGAACUCAUUAUAUCUUGCAACCAUUUCCCUGAAGAUUGUCGCCUAUGCAAAGUACAGUGGACACAAACCCCGAGGCAGCUGGGAAAUGUGGCACCCGACCUUAAUAGCCGAGUCUCUGUUUGCCAUCGCCAACAUCUUUAGCUCCCUGCGCCUCAUUUGCCUUUUCACCGCCAACUCCCACCUGGGCCCCCUGCAGAUCUCGCUGGGCCGCAUGCUUCUCGAUAUCCUCAAGUUCCUCUUCAUCUACUGCCUGGUGCUGCUGGCCUUCGCCAAUGGCCUCAACCAGCUCUACUUUUACUACGAAACUGAUGAGGGCAGAAACUGCAAGGGUAUCCGCUGUAUUCAGCAAAACAAUGCUUUCUCAACGUUAUUUGAGACGCUGCAGUCAUUAUUUUGGUCCAUAUUUGGCCUGAUUUCCCUCUAUGUGACACGAGUGAAGCCGGACCAUGAAUUCACAGAGUUUGUCGGAACCACAAUGUUCGGCACAUACAACAUCAUCUCUUUAGUGGUGCUGCUCAACAUGCUAAUUGCAAUGAUGAACAACUCAUACCAGCACAUUGCAGACCACGCGGAUAUAGAGUGGAAAUUUGCCAGAACUAAAUUAUGGAUGAGCUACUUUGAAGAGGGCGGGACUUUGCCAUCUCCGUUCAAUAUAAUACCAAGUCCUAAGUCGUUUUAUUAUCUGACAGAAUGGAUAAAAGCACGAAUGUUCAGGAGGCCAAGCCUAAAAAGGCUUGAAACCUUUGAAAGUUUGGGGCGACGUGCAGCAGACAACGUCAGACUAAACCACAAGUAUCAGGAGGUUUUGAGAAACCUCGUAAAAAGAUAUGUGGCUGCGAUGAUCAGAGACGCCAAGACAGAGGAAGGGUUGACAGAAGAAAACUUCAAGGAGCUCAAGCAGGACAUCUCCAGCUUUCGCUAUGAGGUGCUUGGAAUGAUGAAGGGCAAACCCCACGGUCGAGGGUCUGGGAAAGUUGCGAGCUCCCCCUUUGCUUACCAGGGAAACGCCUUCAAGUAUUCCCCGAAACGUUUCACGGAUGAGCUGCAACAGAGGCUGGAGGUGUUUGACACGACCACCAGCAGGCCCAGCGGAGCUGCAAACGUCUGCCACAUUCCCAUCAUCAAUUCUGUUGUCCCAGCUGCUUCUGUCAAUAGUGACAAGAAACUAUUGGAUGAUACCGGGAUCCAUAAGAGACACACCAGACAGCCCUCUCACAACUGCAGUGAAAGUAAUUUACUGUCAGAGAAGGGCUCAAAGAAUUCGGAAGCUGGAGGACGACCCCAAGAGGUUCAAAGUCCGAUGGUGAUCGUGGAAGUUGUAGAUAAAGUAGAGAAGCACGCUCAAGAGCAAAAACAUUCAUGCAAGCAACCAACUAAGGGAAAAAAAUGACCUAAAAAGACAAACACAUUAAUCCAAUACAAUUAAUAUACAUUAUUUAUUCUGCUUUGUGGUCAUUUAUUACAUGAAGAGACUGUUUUCAAACUGUGAUCCAGUUAACUCACAUAUUAAUUUCAACCAGCAUCUACCCUGUCAAGUAUGUAUAAUUAGGUCACAGCAUAUUUAAUGCAUCCCCUCGUGACUGACAACAACUGACUUAUGGACACUAGUAAACAAGUUAUUUUUAAUCCACGUUUUCAACAAGUUUGCAUGAGGUUUUAGUCAGAAUGAUAUAAAAAGCGCAAGCACUAUGUUUUCUUCAAACUGCAGUAUUUUUGGGUAACAGAGUUAUAUUUCAAAGAGGUUAUUAUGGUUGUUAUGGAUAAAUUAUAU